AUGAGUCUAGAUACGGCGAGCGGUUUCUGGGCGAUCCAGAUGACAGAGCGGGCGAAGUUGGUUGCGGCCUUUGUCGGUCCAUUCGGACAUUUCCAGUGGAUCCUGAUGCCUUUUGAACUCAAGAAUGCACCGUUAGUGUAUCAGAGUGUGAUCAAUAACUGUCUCUGGGGAUUCGUGCAGCUCCCACCUGAGGAAGAGGCUAAGGUCGACCGAGAUGUCCUGGAAUUUCUGGAGUUGACCGUCCCAGACACAGGACCGACGAUAGAAGAUCCUCAAGGCGAAGGUGGUUUCAGACUUCCAGAUUUGAUGAAGGAGGCGACUGCAUUCAGGCGAAACAUUCCGACCCCGACGCAGAUGGGACCGGUUCUGGGACGAAGCUCUUACAUAGACGACAUAGCUCACGGGGCGCCUACCUGGGACAAACUUUGUGAAGACCUGAAUACUCUGCAAUUAUGGCUCCGAUACUGGAAUUUCUCGGUUAGUCUCCCGAAAAGCGAGUUCGGUAAACAAGCUAUACCGUAUCUAUCUCACGAAUUCUGUAUCUGGGCUACCCCGAAGAUUGCCAAGAGUGUUCAGGACCUACCUUUCCCAUCGACUCUUAAGGACGUUCAAUCGUUCUUAGGAAGCCUGAAUUACUACAACAAGUUUAUCGAGGACUUAUCGGUCGUCGCGGCUGUGCUUUACGAGCUGAAUGAGGAUCGCAUUCGCGCCGGACAUGAUUUGGAUAGAGCCAAGGAAGCGUUCGAGAUUCUAAAACGUAAGAUUACAUCGACGCCGCUGCUGCGCCAUCCAGAUUGUACCAAGCCGUUUGUCAUCAUCCCACAUGCAAACCCCUGGGCGGCUUGUGCCGUCCUGGGACAGGAACAUGAGGGGAUCAUCCGAUCAAUACCACAUCGCAAAAAGGAGGUGUUGGCGAUCCGGCGAGUCCUAGAGCAGUUCAGCCCGUUCAUCUACGGUUCAGAGACACCGAUCGAAAUCUAUACUCGGUACUCGGUCCUGAAGUGGUUACUGAGGUCAAAUUCCACCGACGGCCGUCACCUAAAGUGGAGUCUAGAAUUGUCGAAGUGGACUCUGGAGCUACGUCGUGUGCAGCGCGAUGAAGAUGGAUUGGCUGCCAUCCUCGGUGCAGGUAUUACCCCCAGGGAGCAUUUAGACGAAGUCGCUGAAAACCUGAUCCCGGUUAAGGGGCGAAUCAAAGCACCUCCGCCAAUCAGUGUAGAGAUGCUGGAUUCAGACUUCGAAGGAUAUGUUCUGAGCUUCGAUGGCGCAGCCAAGGUCUCCACUAGACAGGGAAGUUGUGGAUGUAUUUUGUGGCGUUUACCUGGCGGGCAUGUCCUGAGCGCCCACGGAUUCCCUCUGGAUGAUGUGACUUGGAACGAUGCAGAGUAUCAUGGGUUGAUCAAAGGUUUGGAGCUAGUCGUCGACCGCGGUUUCAGAGAUGUGGUUGUGGUCGGCGAUUCCAGAAUCCCUAAUCGGCAACGUCGAUUUGCUGAGUAUGAAGCCUUGAAAGUGAAAUUUGGUUCAGUACGGUUUGUCCACGUCAAACGUGACUACAACCAGGCAGCAGACUACUUAACGACGAAGACAUUGGCACUCGGGAAAGCAUGUGUGGUAAAAGAUGAGGAUGAACUGAUGCAUCUAAAGUUUGUCUCCAGGAUCCUGGAAAAGAUUAUGAAAACUCCGGAAACCUCGGAAUGA